AUGGCUGCUCGGUGGGCACCACGUAGCCCCCUCACGGGCUCAGAACCCGACUUCCUGCCCCUGUCCCUGCUGACCGCCACCAUGCAGAGGGACAAGCGCUGUGCACAUGGCUUUUUAUUUGGAAACACGGCAGCAAAGAUUUUUAAUAAAGAGGGAUUCCAUGUUUUUUGCCAUCUGACUGAAACAAGAGCAAAGGAGUUAAAAGCUGUGAACUCAAAGCAGCUUCAAACAGUGCUGCUAGAUGUGAGAGAUUUAACGUUAAAAACAUGGGUGCAUGGGUCAAAGCUGAAGCUCAGUCAGAAGGUGAGUCCCAGGAUGUCUGUCUUAAAAGAAAAAACAAGAGUUUUCCUAAAAAUACCAUGCUACAUUCACAGUAUUGACAGUGGACUUGGAAACUUAUUGAUAAAUGGCCUCACUAAAGGGGAGUUUGUGUCAUUGCUGCAUGUGCCACAGAAAAAGGAGGCCAAGAGCUACUCCUGCUCCUUAUUCUCAUUGAAGACAGUGAACCUGAACUUAGCUGACCCCAGUGGCUUUGCCAGGGCUGUGGCAUUUGUGACCAAAAAGACAGCUGGCAAGGUUUCUUUUAUGAUAGAGAUGCAGAAGUUUGGAGGGAAAGUAAGCAUUGUUGAGCAUGGUUUCUUUAAGGAAGAAAUAGUUAAUUCAGAUGUCAUCAACACAUACCUCUUAAGACGUUUGAAGGGACUGACUCCUGAGAUCAGGGACUCCUACAGAGAAAAAUACUUUGUUGAAUAUAUAAAAGCUCAAAGAUCAUCCAUAAAAAGGCUGCAUGAUUCUGAUAUUUCUCAGGUCAUAUAAUGCAUGGCACAUGCCCUGAUAGCAAAGCACCCCAGGACAUAA